AUGGGCCUGCCCGAUCUAACGGAGGUGCGUUUGGAGCGCGACGUGGUGCAUGCUCGCAUGUCGGAGCAGGCGCUGCGCGUGUCGACGCUGUCGGCGCAGCUCGCGCGCCAGCGCCACGCCGCCGACGCGCUGGCGCACGCCGCCGCCAGCGACCUCGGCGUGCAGCUGCACGACGCCACCGCGGAGGUACAAAGGUUAAAAGAAGAAUUGGAAUCAAAAGACAAGCAGUUAGCGAGGUUGAAACAGAACUUGGAAGAGAAGAGCAAAUCAGAGGAACAGCAACACGAUGCUCAUGGUGAUGCAAAUCGUGUGGAGGAGAAAGUGAAGGUUGUGGAGCGGUCGCUGUGCAGCGCUCAGCAGCGCUGUGCGCAGCUGCAGGCGCAGCUGGACGCGCUCGCUGCAGACAACAAGCAGCUGCGCGCCGCGCUGCUGCAGCGCGACCGCCAGCUGCAGGACCUCGUGGCUCUCAAACUAGAAGACGACGACCAAAACCAAAAGAGCGAGCCUGCAGAUGGAAAAGCAUCGGGCAGGACUCUGAGCGAUAUUGUCUCAAUCUCUGAGUUCGACGAACAAGACCUUCAAAUGCGCCGCGCAGAAUUAAAAGGACAAAACAUUAGCUUGACCGGCGCACCGUAUGUAACAGAAACCAGAGAUAAGAGCCAACUAAACAGGACGUUGCCACCGGACUUGCAACGACCUAAUAUGAGUUCGUUAAACCUUGACUGCGGGGAACAUUUCGACGUUAUCAAUUUUACGCCACGCGCUGAUUCUCUCCCAAUACACUUAACAUCCACACAAAAUAGAGACGGUGAAUACAAAAGAAAUACUAAUGAAACUACUGUGUUCGGAAAGGCAGAAAGAUCUGUAGAUACUGAAAGACACUCUCCUCAAAAUAUACCGGAUAACUGCUCGCUCUAUCCCAACAGAGAUAUCAGUGACAGUAAAAAUGUAAGUGUAGAACCGAAAAAGAUUAAUUUCUCAUUAGAAGCUUCAGAUAACAAAACGCAAGAUGAAGAUUUCACGUCACUCAGAGAACUGGGCAUAUCUUUGGACAUGAGACAGGAGAAUUUUCCUGACAUAUUGACACAAUUGAAACAUGAGCUCAAAAAAACCAGAAACGAACUUGAAAGUUGUAAAUCGGAAUUGAAGAACGCUGAAGAACAAUUAUGCGAGUUUCCAGCUUUGAAGGAAGAAGUGGAAGAGUUAAAGGGUCUUUUAGAGAAUACGAUGGCCACCAUGGAGAAUGAUAAAAAGUUUUAUGAGAAUCAACUAGAAAAUUUCUCAUCAAACAAAAAGCUAUUAGAACAGAGACUAGCAGAAUUGACUCAAGAGGUCAGUGAUAAAACUAAAGACUUGCAUUUGCUUAAAGAGGAUAUACUCAGAAGAGAGAAUAUGAUUUUAGAAUUAGCUAAAGAGAAACGCAAUUUGACUAACAAAUUGACUGAAUUGGAAGUUAAAAUUGACGAGCUACAAAGCAGAAAUGAGACACUAGGAAAGUUUGAAACUGAGACUCAUCAAUUGAGAGAAAAAAUUAAAGAGCUAGAGAAAUUAGACCAGUUAGUGACUGAGAAGAAUCAACAGAUUGAUAGCCUGAACCAACAUUUGGAUAGAUUGGACGACUUGCAAAGAUGUCUUAAUGAUAAGACCGAAGAGUAUGAUAAUUUAAAAGAAGCCUUUCACGAAAAGUCUAAUGAACUUUACCAAUUGCAAGGAACAGUCGAUGCUUUAAAUCGUGACAUGAAUAGAAUUAGCGAAGAAAACAAUGAACUCAAGAAUUAUAACAAGGAACUUAAUCUGAAAUUGUCCAAACUGGAGAAAGAACAAGAAAAUGCAUCUCUAAGAUUGCAAAAUAGUGAAAAUGAACUUGAAAGGGUAAACUCUAUGAACAGCGAAUUAACGUCGAAAAUUGAAGAACUGAAAACUAUAAAUGAAAAAUUAAAAGACAAAGAAACUGAAAUUGAAAUCCUUAACGAAGACAUAAAUUCAUAUCACAAUGAGAUUGCUUCUCUGAAAGAGCAGUUGAAGAUGGUUUCGAGAAGUCCAUCUCCAAGAAGCAAAAACGUAGAGGACAGGAAAACACCGGACCGACAAGCGAACAAUGACAGGAAGCAGUUGGCGAAGAUUAGAAAACAGAUUUCUUUGCUUCAACACGAGCUAGAUUUUAACAAGAAAGACCUAAAUGAUAAGGCCUUCGAGUUAGCAAAAGCAAAAUUAGAUGUGACUGAGUUAAGGAAUAACGCAAGCCAAGCAGCUAAGCAAGUUUCAGACAAAGAGGCUGUAAAUAGGGAACUGAUGAAGCAAACUGAAGCGCUAAAGCAAGAGAUACAUCAGUUAGUAGAAGAGAAGCGACAGUUAAGUGAACAGUUGGACAUUGUUGUUGCCAGAAUGAGAGAAGAGUCAAAUGUGAGUGAAAUAAAGGCCAAAUUGCGCGAGAAAGCCGAAAGUUGUCAUGAAUUAGAAAUGCAGCUUCAUGAAAUGAGGGACAUGGUUGACCGGCGGGGAGCUGCGCGUUCGCCCACCGCUGAGCUGGAGCGUGCCCUCCGGGACCAGCUGCACUACUCGCACGCACUCGACGACCACAUCAUGGACCAGAUACUAUCGGCAAGCAGCGACGAACGGGAAGACAUACCGCGUCUCGCUUUGAACACUUCUAAGUCAUCGAGCUCUAUCCACUCGACGUCUUCGGAUCGUGUGGGUCGGCUGCGAGCUGAGAAUGAGAAGCUGCAGAUGCAGGUUGAAAAUCUUGAGUCCAGGCUUAAGGACAAAGAUGCUUUAAUAACAGAGUUGAAUCGGAUAAGAGACCAGUUAGUCCAGGACUGGCAAACGGUCAAGCUGCGCUACGAAGCCGAACGUGACAACUCGGGAAGACUGCAGUUGUUACUAGAUUCCCAGAAGGAAACAUCCGAAAGCUUACAGAAUCAAGACUCAAACAUGAUCCAGAUCCUGAAGAAGCGUCUAGAAAGCGCCAUGCAGUCCGAACUUGAACUGCAGGAACGUGAACAAACGCUGAGGCGACGUGUCGCAGAGUUGGAAAGCGCUUUACCUGCAAACGGUGCUCGAGAAUCCUUAAGGCACGAGAUGGAGAGUGUGUAUCGGCUCAAGAGUGAGAUAUCUGUGCUGAGAUCUAAGCUGGAGGCUGAGCGCGGUCGCAGUGGCGAGGCGCAGCUUCAGCUGCAGGUGCUGCGCCUGCAGCUGGACCAGCGCGCGCAGUGCGCCGCGCAGCUGCGAGCAGAACUUGCAGACGUCAAGAGAUUAAAACACGACGCAGGCGUUGAAUUAGCGAGGGCGAAAGAGCUGCUCAGUAUACAAAGCGCCACCAUCGUAGAGCUGGAGAAGAAACUUUCAUCAACGACAAGCAAACAACGGCCCCUCAACGACACACUGAGUUCGGUGGAACAGCACAAGAGCUUAGCGUCGCCGCGCCCGUCGGGACUAAAUGCGCCCGAUGAGAAGGAUCAGGCGCUGCGGUAUCUUCACGGGCGCUGCGUGCGGCUGGAGAGCUGGCGCAAGGCGCUGGUGUGGCAGAAGCGCUACCUGCAGCGCGUGCUGGCCGGCUACGCGCGCCUCGACCGCGCGCUGCAGCCGCACCACCACCAGCCGCAGCUCACCGGCAGGCGGCUCUUCAAGUGCGUGGCGCUGGCGGCGGUGGCGGCGCUGCGCCUGCGCUUCCUGCUGCGGCGCCGCGCGCACGCCCGCAGCGCCGCCGCCGUGCUGUGCACCGACCUUAACGACAACCAAAACAACCUCACCAACGCCUCACUCUCCGUCCCAAGGAAUAAUAUCAUCAGUACGCCGCUGGCGUGCACCCGGCAGCUGCUUGGGGAAGGGGUCCGCCGCCUGCGCCCCGCCCACACACCGCACCCCGCCUCCCCCUCCAUCACGCCCCGCACUCCGCACGCCCCCCACACCCCCCACAACGCCUACGCGCCCCACACCCACCUCGCCCAUCCCUCGCCGCUCACACCUAUCGUCGCGUUCCCUUCUCGUGCAGCGGGUGACGACGUGCGGCAAUCUCUAUGUGAUGUGAACUCUCCGCGGAACGAAUUCUUCCUAAGGUCCCCGCGUGGUGAAAUAGCGAGUGCGUACCUGGACAAGCUGGACGCGGUCAGAAACUGCCUCAGCCACGCGCUACACUCCCCCCACCAUCCCCCACGCGCCCCUCACACCCCCCGGGACGUGCCGUGA